CCAUGAGGCACGGCGGCGGCGGCGGAGGCUGGUCGGUGGGGGCGUGUUAGCGGCUGCCGGCAGCGUGCUAGUGUUUGUGUGUGCAUCAGGAGGAGAGGAGACCGCGGUCGAGGACUCAGGGAGAGGAGCCGAAGUACAGCAGUUAUCAUCGUCGUCGAGUCGGUCUCUUCUCGCUAUGUCCGUGCAGGUCGUUGCCGCAAAGAUGGCAGAGGUAGAGCUGAAGGAGGCAGCCAGGGAGCGGCCAGACGAGGGAACCGUCACCGUAGCUGCCGUCGCCUCCAACGUCGCUAUCCUGGCCGCCGAGCCUGACGACAACAACGGGGCGCCCCUGCUUAGCCAGCCUAUGAAGGGGAUCCCUGCAUCGGCCAUGAAGAGGAGUGACCCGGCACAGCGCCCCCGGGAUGGCGGGGAGUGUAUGGGCAGCCCGGAGGGGGCGGUCAGCGAGGCCCCGCGCACGGUGAAGAAGCAGAUCCAGUUUGCAGACCAGAAGAGGGAGUUUAACAAACGUCCCACGAAGAUUGGUCGCCGUUCCUUAUCGCGCUCCAUAUCUCAGUCAUCAACUGACAGUUACAGCUCUGCUGCUUCCUACACAGACAGCUCAGAUGAUGAGACUUCUCCGCGGGACAAGCAGCAGAAGAACUCCAAGGGCAGCAGUGACUUCUGUGUGAAGAAUAUCAAGCAGGCUGAAUUUGGGCGAAGGGAAAUAGAAAUUGCAGAGCAAGAGAUGCCUGCACUGAUGGCAUUGCGCAAGAGAGCACAAGGAGAGAAACCAUUGGCUGGAGCCAAGAUUGUUGGCUGUACUCACAUAACCGCACAAACUGCGGUUUUAAUUGAGACAUUGGGAGCUCUGGGAGCCCAAUGUAGAUGGGCUGCCUGCAACAUCUACUCCACUCUGAAUGAAGUGGCUGCUGCUCUGGCUGAGAGUGGGUUCCCAGUAUUCUCUUGGAAGGGAGAGUCUGAAGACGACUUCUGGUGGUGUAUUGACCGCUGUGUGAAUGUUGAAGGUUGGCAGCCUAACAUGAUCCUAGAUGAUGGUGGGGAUCUCACACACUGGAUAUAUAAGAAAUAUCCUAACAUGUUUAAAAAAAUAAAGGGUAUUGUGGAAGAAAGUGUAACAGGUGUACAUCGAUUGUACCAGUUGUCUAAAGCUGGGAAGCUCUGUGUUCCUGCCAUGAAUGUCAAUGACUCUGUCACCAAACAGAAAUUUGACAACUUGUACUGCUGCCGAGAAUCCAUCCUUGACGGUCUUAAACGAACAACAGACAUGAUGUUUGGUGGAAAGCAGGUGGUGGUCUGUGGUUAUGGAGAGGUUGGUAAGGGAUGUUGUGCAGCUCUCAAGGCUAUGGGUGCCAUUGUGUACGUGACCGAGAUCGAUCCAAUCUGUGCUCUCCAAGCCUGCAUGGAUGGCUUCAGACUGGUCAAACUAAACGAGGUCAUCAGACAAGUGGAUAUUGUAAUUACAUGCACAGGUAAUAAGAAUGUGGUGACCAGAGAACAGCUAGAUCGUAUGAAGAAUGGCUGUAUUGUCUGCAACAUGGGACACUCCAACACGGAGAUAGAUGUGGCAAGCCUGCGCACUCCUGAGCUGACAUGGGAGCGAGUCAGGUCUCAGGUGGACCAUGUGAUCUGGCCAGAUGGCAAGAGGAUUGUUCUUUUGGCUGAGGGGCGCCUGCUUAACCUGAGCUGUUCUACUGUCCCGACUUUUGUGCUGUCCAUUACUGCAACCACACAGGCGCUGGCACUAAUAGAACUCUAUAAUGCCCCUGAGGGUCGCUACAAACAGGACGUCUACCUGUUGCCUAAGAAAAUGGAUGAGUACGUGGCCAGCCUUCAUCUUCCUACCUUUGAUGCCCACCUGACAGAACUUUCAGAUGAGCAGGCGAAAUACCUGGGACUCAACAAGAAUGGGCCUUUCAAACCAAACUACUACAGGUAUUGAGUCCCACAAGUGUGGUGAUAUUGGAAGAUGGGUGAGAUCUGGUAUAAUGAAAACAAGAAAAAUAAAACUGAAGCCUUUCACAGCCACUCUUCGGCCAGGUCUUUUUUAGAAGAACUGGACUUUCUGCCAUAUUAGCAAACAACAUAUUAGGGUAUUUAUUACAAAGAAGAUGCCUAGAAUAAUACUGCACCUGCUGUCUGUGCUAGUCCACAGGUUGCUGGAUUUUGAGGGGCCUGUUCUUAUAGGAUUGUAACAGGUACCUUCUAGAUGUAUGCUGUACUUACAGGCUUAUAGCAAUCUGUUAACACUGCUCAUCCCAGCAGCACACGGGAAGGGGAACAAGUUAACAAGCAUGAAUCCUGAAUUGAAAAGGAAUUUAUUUUGCGUUACAUUGCAUUUUUAUUUCGUCUUUUUAAUAUUGAUUUUCCUGAUGGAUGCGAAGUAUGGAUGUCUUAAUGAAAAUUGUAAAGUGACCUACCUUAAUUUUAUUGUGCAUUUUAACAGUGAUAGUGUUUUGCUUUUUUUUCCCUUUUUUUGAGGAAUGGGGGGUGGCAUUCCCUCUCCCUUGUGUCAGGUAAUGGAGAAGAUAGAAUCAUCAGCCUGCACCUGCUAAGCUGCUGUAAUAUCUCUGGAACAUGCCUGGUUAAUCUGUGGCUUUUCAGCUGUUGUGAAACUACACAUCUCAGCAUGCCCUGCCACAGUUUUAGUAUCCCCGAAUAACAAAUUUGUGGCAGUGCAUGCUGGGACUUGUAGUUUCACGACAGCUGGAGAGCCACAGGUUGGCCAGGCCAGCUCUAGAAGAUCAUGACACUAAAUAGUAUUUCACUGAACUGUGACACCUACUGGUAGCUUACUGUACCAAAUUGUAUUCAUAAGGUUUUGCAAAGGGUCCACACUUGUAUAUUUUGCAUUAUCCCAGGACCCCUAAAUGCAUUGCUAGCCUAUUCCAAAAUGUACCCACUAGAAUAUAUACCAGUCUGUGCUACUUUUAAUGAACAUGGAUCAAUGAGAGGUGACAUUUCGGGUGGUGUGGUCAUUUAAUUGUGUUUCAUUAAGGGGCCUUUCUUUGGAAAUAUGGAUCACGCCCUAACUCACUGGAGGUAACAUUGCUGUUAUAGUAGUGAACUGUAAUGAGCCCCACAUACCCACUUAGAUGUAGCAACUGAUACUUGGCUGUGCCCUUGGGAGCAUGUGUAGAGCUCUAGAAGCAAUAUGCUGCUACUCCACUAUGAAGACCCUGUUCACUGCUAACCUGGAGUGACCUGGAUAUAGCUUCCAACAUUCCAUCUGUUGUACAGACCCCUCAGAUCAGAACACUUGGGAUGAAUGGCGGCUUGCACUCUAUCUUCAUUUGCAGAGAAUAGAUUUGUCCUUCAAUAAUGUGGUUUAUCUCAAAUUAUUGUAAAUAAAUGUCAACUAAACCAAAAAUAAGUUGAUCUAAUACACUAAUGGGGCCCACACACGGUGAGAUCUGUGCUACAGUAGGUGCGAUUUGAGCCUAUACAAUGUGUGCUAUGCGAUUAGGACUAAGUGGUAUGUGAUUUGGACUGUACACACGGUGCGAAUUGAACUAGAUACGAUUUUGACUACACUACAAUAUGUACUGUAUGCAAUGUGGUACAAAAAUACCUGAUUGCACAUACUAUUUUGCCUUGCAAUAUAGACUACGCGGGAGCGUGCAUCACAAGGGAAAAUAAACAGUGCAACUUGAACUCGAUGCAAUGCGAUUUGAACUAAAAAGAUCAAAUCGUACGCGAUAAUAGCACCAUGUGUGGGCACCCUUGCUAAUGUUUGUGUUUUGAAUAUUGAUUAAUUUUUGUAUAUAAAGCAACCUGCAUUUUAGGUUUAAAGGUUCUUUUGCGACAUUCCUCUGGUUAAAGCAAGCUGGUCCAAAAGCGGUCAUGGAUCGUUUAAUUCAUGUAUUGCCAAAAAUGAGGUAUCUGGAAGAGUGACUGACUGGUGUCAGCACCCAAUGUUGGUGGCAGACAGUCAUUGUAAGUUCUUACCCAUAUAUAACCGAGAACUAAACCAUUUUAUUACCCCUAUAUAGAUUAAGUGGCCUCCAGGAAUUUAUUGUAUAUAAAAUUAUUUCCAUGUGACCUCUCAUUGAUUCAUUGUUUUAACAUGGUACUUCAGGUCUAAAGCACAGUGAGCCUGUUCUUCUGCAGGAGUGUACGGCAGCAGUCUUAAUAUGUUUAACGAGAAACAUAUUGACGAUUAAUACAAAGUAUUUUCAUUUUAAGUUUAAUUACGGUGUGUUUUCGGUUCUAAUGUACAAGCUUGCAUCUCUUGGCCAGCCUUUCUAGUCACCUGUGUGUAAAUUCUGCUACUGUAGUAUGCUCUUCUUGCCAAGUCCAACUUAAAGCUGCUAAUUUUACAAAGUGGUUCAAGUUACUACUUGACUAGCCAUGUGCAUUAAUUAAAUGAGUCAAUUUGGACUUUGUCAUGUAAAUCACUCCUUUUUCGUCGUAUCGGCAGCCCAAUGACUGAGCCACCCUCACUAUAAGGGACUCUUCACAAUCCCUGUUAAAGCUGUGAACUCCUCCUUACCUGCUCCAGUUGGAAACUGUUUUUAAAAAUCACUUCAAUUUUAGACUGGAUAUCUUGAAUUUUCCUCCAAAGUUCUAAAUCAGAUAUAAAUUCAGUGGAUUAUCAUAUUGAAUUUGAUGAUUCUAUUUUCUAACUAAUUUUUAUUUUAAUAUGUAUAUAGAUCUAGUAAUUUUGUUCCUUUUUACUGCAUAUUGCGGUAUUCUGCUGCUACGUAACCACAGAAUCUCAGACUGUGUUGUGAUCUUGUGCUAUACAAAGACUUAUUGCCACAGUGUGGGUAUAUGUGUAUAUACAAUGAUACAGAGCCCUGCUGUAUAUGGCUGUCGUAUAUACAUAUAUAUAUAUAUAUAUAUAUAUAUAGACUUGUGUACGUUAUCUCCUCUAAGUUAUGAAUUGCCAUUUCUGGAUGAAAUCAUGAAUUGAAACAAUGCUUUUUCUUUAUGUUCCUGCCACACCACGGCUGACUGGUACAUCUGUUUUAAAAGCACACCCUAUUUUGACAGACUUUUGAGACAGCAGUUUUUGAGUUUGUCUACCAAUGACCUAUAGACAGUAGAGGUAGACAUUUCUUGGUUGAUCCAGUAUUCAUGAUCAUGCAGCAUCUGCAAUCACAGGGGCAUGAGACACCUCAUGCCUAAUUGAUGCCACUAAUUGGUGAACUGAAAGGGUGGGUGUUGGUGCAGCCCAGAAAAUGGCUCUCUACUGUAAAUUAUACAUUUUAAGUUGAUUUUGUUUAAAGAAAUGAAUUCCAGAGCCCUGCAUCCCUUGACCUACGUUCUAUUACAGUAACAGCUCAAGCUUUUCUUAAUCAGCAAAGUCUUGUUUCAAUGUCUAAAUAUGCUACAUAGCGAACAAUUUGAGAUUUCCAGACUAGCAGGAGAUACAGGUUAUUACCAGCAAAAAAUUUAUUUUAAAGGAAACACCUUUGGGCAUUGAUUAAUAUAAUAUCACCCAUGCUGCUGGUUGAGCCUGCAAUGCACAAUUCACUGUAGCUUACUUACCAGCAGCAGAGGUCUUGGACAGUCUGUAUUUGUCAUCCUGUUCUGCAGUAUGGAGGAAAUGCAGCAUCCAUAACAGCAUUUUCCAAGAGUCUUACAUUUUUAAAGUAUGAGUGAUUGUAUUAGAUCAGCAAUAAGAAAUCCGUAAUCUUAAACAUAAAUAAAAUGCUGUCAAAUAAAA